AUGGGAGAUCCGGGACUUCAGAAAGGCGCCAUGUUUAUGGCAGGUCUGACUCUGUUGCAGUCUCUCCGUGUGGCUUUAACUGGAGCAAAGUUUGCAAUGGAUAGAUUUAAAAUUCCUCAACAACAUGCCAGUUCGUUCAUUAACAUGGUCCAUAAUCCUAUGGAACUGGCAACGUUUACUGGUAUUUUUAUUAUAAACGUUCUAACAUGGAUAUCCUGGUUUAAGACAUGGUUUGCUAUUGUAACUAAUGUGGCAUUAUGCUGUUCAUUUGUCUUGCUUCUCUACGCAUUUAGAUCUGGAGGUCAAAUGGGUAGUCUCACCUUUUACUACUGGACUAUCGUCCUCGUUUCAUUUCUUUAUGGACUUAAUGUGGCCUGUGUAAUGAAUGUAGGAAGUGAAAACGCUUCCUUUUUCAAUAUGGGAAUUCCUAUCUCUGGUAUUCAGGUUUGUAUCUACUACUACGCCUUUACUAAACUUGCUGAGAGGUUUCGGUGGACAAACGUUAGCUACUGGAUCAUAUUCUGGCAGCUUAUUAUAGCAAUAAUUAUAUCGGUUGUAUCAGCUGGUAUAUGGAUAAAGGCCUAUGGAAGUGCCGCUGAUCAGGGCAAUGGUAGCGAUCUUAGUGGAAUUGAAAAGGCCAUAUCUCCAAUUCUCAUGGGUGUGGUUGGUAUGGGUGGUAUCUAUGCCUUUUAUCCCGCUAUUGCUCCUUACAAGUUGACUGAUGUUGGUACUGGCUACACUAUUGACCUGGUUGUUCUGUUCGUUAGUGCAGUGCCAGGUAUUUUCAUUGCAGCUUUAUGCAAAGGUCAAAGUGGUCAAGGUCCAGAUCAAGAAUGGAAGAGUGGGAAUGGUGCUACUGGAUGGCAUGGUGCUUGGAUUCUGGCCAUUCCACAUAUUACUGCUAUGGUCUUAUGUUUGUGCACACUUCAUUAUCCUGGUAGUGGACUAGCAAGUUCUAUAAAGAGCAGUGGAGCACUUGUUGGAGCUAUUACUGUUACCUUAAAGUUUUGUGAAGAAGGACUUAAAGCAGUGUCUUACGCUGGUGCCGGUGCACAAAAUGGUAAAGGAAAGGGUGGUGCUAUUUCCUCUUUAAACACGUUUACUUCGCAAUCUUUAAUGAUCAUCUUGGCCUUUACUGGAGACGGUUACCUUAAGACUUACUCUAAAUAUGAGCAUGAUCGUGAUAAAUGGCCUACCAAAGACUGUGGGUUCUGGAAGUCCUUAGGAUACUGGAUAGGAAGUGGAAUGUGGGUGGCCUGUAAGAGUGUUAAGUCUUCCUUUACCAAGAAUGUCAGAUGCAAGGUUUUGGGUAAAUCAGAGGCUCUACUCAUUGUCUAUGAAGAUGAAGAAUUUUAA